GUCAGGCCAAUUUUGGACACUGUACAGGAAAUAAAUACAAAAUGAGUCUCGGCGGCGCAGUUAAAUGAGGAAUAAACUGUUCAUAUUUUGGUAAAAAUGGACCGCUUUUCGUGGUCAAAUGGGCUUUUAGAAAUAAAUGAAACUUUAGUAAUCCAGCAGCGGGGGGUGAGGCUGUAUGACGGUGAUGAUAAGGCGAAGCUGGAUGUUGGAGUUGCCUUGUUGAGCACCCAUCGGUUGAUCUGGAGGGACAUUAAAAAUCAUGAAUGCUGCGUAGCCAUGCCCCUGUCACAGAUCAUCUUCUUUGAGGAGCAGGCUGCAGGAAUAGGAAAGAGUGCAAAAAUAGUCAUUCACCUGCAUCCAGCACCUGCCAACAAGGAGCCAGGUCCCUACCAACACAGCAAGUACCCCUACAUCAAGCUGUCCUUCAAAGAACAUGGACAGAUUGAGUUUUACAGGAGGCUAACAGAAGAAAUGACUCAGAAGAGAUGGGAGAGUACACCUGUUUCACAAUCCAUCCCCACAGGAACUGGCCCUCAGGCAGGAAAGAUACGUGCAGUGGGGAUUGUUGGCAUCGAGAGGAAGAUAGAGGAGAAGAGGAAAGAAACAGACAAAAACAUUUCAGAGGCCUUCGAAGACCUCAGUAAGCUGAUGGUGAAGGCCAAAGAGAUGGUGGAGCUGUCCAGAUCUAUAGCCAACAAAAUCAAAGACAAGCAGGGAGACAUAACAGAGGAUGAGACAAUCCGGUUCAAGUCCUACCUCCUGAGCAUGGGUAUAGCUAACCCUGUAACCAGGGAAACGCAUGGAUCGGGCACACAUUACCACAUGCAGCUGGCCAAGCAACUGGGAGAUAUGCUCCAGGCCCCUCUAGAGGAGCGUGGGGGAAUGAUGGCUCUCACUGAGGUGUACUGUCUCGUCAACCGUGCCAGAGGGAUGGAGCUGUUAUCUCCAGAGGAUUUGGUAAACGCAUGCAAGAUGUUUGAGUCAUUGAAGCUCCCACUGAGGCUGCGUGUGUUUGACAGCGGUGUGAUGGUGGUCCAGCUGCAGUCUCACAGCGAAGAGGAAAUGAUAGCCUCGGCACUGGACAACGUGUCAGAGAAAGGCUCCCUGACAGCAGAGGAGUUUGCAAAGCUCUUGGGUCUCUCUGUUCUUCUGUCUAAAGAGCGGUUGCUGCUGGCUGAGAAGAUGGGCCACCUGUGUAGAGACGACUCUGUUGAGGGUUUGAGAUUCUACCCAAACCUCUUCUGACCUGUUUACUGUCACUAUUGUUGAGAUAGAGAAAAGUAACUUAAACUGGGCUGCGCUGUCUGUACUGAUAGACUGAUGCAUUAAAACAAUCCUCUGACCUCUACAUGUAUACACUGGUGUCCAGCAGUAGAGUACCUGCUCUGCUUGUACUGUGCUAUCCAGUCUAGUUAUAAUGUUGUUAAACGGUUGGUGUUCUGUUAGUGCAAAUCCACUGUAGGUACCACCAGCUAUUUUUUAUCUAGGUGUAAGAGGUAGGCUCUGUCUUUAAAAUGAAUCUGCAAACUGCUAAUAUUGUACAUGCCGCAAAGUGUUCUCAGACCUGCUCUACUUGGUGAAUCUUUAGUAAUAAAUGGGUUCAGGAAAAUUGGCUUAA